AUGGUUAACUUGGAAAAAUUAUUACUGGAUGUUGGUCCGAAAGGCCUCACUCUUAUAGCUGGUACUGUGGCUGCUGGCUUUGGCUUUAAGGAAUCACUUUUUUCCGUUGACGCUGGACAUAGGGCAAUAAUGUUCAACAGAAUUGGUGGUGUUGGUGAUGUUAUUUAUAAAGAAGGACUGCAUUUUCGAGUUCCAUGGUUUCAAUACCCAAUUAUAUACGAUAUUCGUGCUCGCCCCAACCAGAUUCGUUCACCAACUGGAAGCAAGGAUUUGCAGAUGGUGAACAUUGGUCUACGCGUUCUUUCACGUCCGGAUCCUUCGACAUUACCAAAAAUAUAUCGGAUGCUGGGACAGAACUGGGAAGAAAGAAUUUUACCUUCAAUCUGCAAUGAGGUACUCAAAGGUGUUGUAGCGAAAUUUAACGCUUCCCAGCUGAUAACACAACGACAGCAAGUUUCUUUACUUGUUCGUAAAGGUCUUAUCGAGAGAGCGCUGGAUUUCAAUAUUAUUUUGGACGAUGUGGCAAUUACCGAGUUGGCUUUCUCGCCGCAGUAUUCUGCUGCUGUAGAAGCGAAACAAGUUGCUGCUCAAGAAGCUCAGCGUGCAUCGUUCUUGGUAGAAAGAGCAAAACAGCAGAGACAGGAAAAAAUUGUGCAAGCUGAGGGUGAAGCUCAGUCUGCCAAACUUAUAGGCGAAGCAAUUAGACAAGAUCCGGGCUUCUUAAAGUUGCGCAAAAUUCGUGCAGCUCAAAAAAUCUCAAAGAUUAUAUCAGAAACAGCAAACAAUAGAGUGUAUCUACCAUCCGGUGGUCUCAUGCUAAAUAUUGCCGAUGGAGAUUACCUGAAUGUUGACAGUAAAGACAGGUUGAGACGGUGA